AUGACGGCCACGGCCAGCGCUGGUGGCAGCCACAGACUGGCCAGCAGCAAGGAGGAGAGGAAGUUAAGGAAACCCCUCAUUGAGCGGAAGCGCAGGGAAAGGAUUAACAACUGCCUGGACCAGCUGAAGGAGACUGUUGUGGGGGUGUUUCACCUGGAUCAGACUAAGCUGGAAAAAGCAGACAUCCUCGAAAUGACGGUGAAGCACCUCCAGAACAUCCAGAGCAGCAAGCUGAUGGCUGACUCCAAAGUGGGUCUGGAAGCCCAGCAGAGGUACAGCACGGGGUACAUCCAGUGCAUGCAUGAGGUGCACAACCUCCUCCUUACCUGCGAGUGGAUGGACAAGACCCUCGGGGCACGCCUCUUAAACCACCUGCUGAAAUCCUUACCCAGGUCUGGAGAAGACACCUGCAAAGCAGCAGUAAGGUCUUCGAGCCCAUCUCAGCAGCCUCUCCUGAGGCCAAAAAGUCCCCUGAGCCUGAAGGGGAGCACUCGGGGCACAAACCCAUCCCAGGAGCGUCUGUACCCCACAGAGAACAAGCAGGCUUUGAAAAAUCCCUUCCAGCUGCCACCGCUGUCGGUUUUCAGCCAGGUUGAUGCUGCUCCUCCCAGACAAGUCUUGCAGCCAAAUUUUUCCCAUAAUAACCCUCGGAUUGGGUCGUUAGAUAUGUGGAGACCAUGGUAA